AAUAAAACACACUUUACAGUUUAUUAAAGCGACAAUCUGCGACUAGUUUCUGCAUUGAGUUCACCUCUAUCUGUGUGUCUGCUGACCAAAACAACACAGCAGGCGGAGAGGAGCUCUGAGGAAAACAUGAGCUCAAUGUUGUGUUUCUUUCUGUAAAUACUGGAGUAUUCCCAUCAGUCUACAAGUGAAGACGAGCAUCAGACCAUCAGGAAGAAGAGAAAUCUGCAAAGACAGAGUUUAUUGAAGGACAGUGAGAAGAUGAGUGAUCCAGAACCCUGCAGAAUUAAACAGGAAGACACUGAAGAACUAAUAGGUGUGAAGGAGGAGACUGAAGAUGAGGAGAAACAUCAUGUCAAGAGUGAAGAAGAAACUCAAUCAGAGGCUGAACAUAGUAUUUCAAUGGAAAUACCAGCUGUAAAUGGUUUGAUCUGCACUCAGUGUGGAAAGACUUUCAAGAACAAACACACUCUGAAGAGUCAUAUAAGGACGCACACUAGAGAGAAACCGCAUCACUGCACUGAUUGUGGGAAGAGUUUCACACGGUCAACUUCUCUACGAAGACACAGAAAAAAAUAUCACAACCUGGUUGUGAAACAGGAGGAGAGCAAAGAGCCGAGUGAAGCCAAGGAGACCUAUCCAUGCUCUUUGUGUGGAAAGAGUUUUAAAUUUCAGUCAAAGUUAAGACAACAUCAGAUGAUUCACACCGAAGAGAAACCGUACGCAUGCACUCAGUGUGGGAGGAGUUUUAAAUUUGAGUCAAACUUAAAACAGCAUCAGAUGACUCACACUGAAGAGAAACCGUACACUUGUGAUCGAUGCGGCAAAAUAUUUUCAAGGCGUUCAGAGCUGAAGAUCCAUCUUAGACGGCACACAAACGAGAAGCCGUAUUCCUGCUCUGAGUGCGGAAAGAGUUGUAUUAGAGCUGGAGACUUGAACUCGCACCAGAUGGUCCACAUAGGUGUGAAAAAGCAUGCCUGCGUUGAGUGCGAGAAGACUUUUAUUAGAGUUGGAGACUUAAACCGACACCAGAGGACUCACAGUGGAGAGAAACCGUACAAGUGUUCACACUGCGACAAGAGAUUCGGUCUUUUACAAAUCCUGAAAGUACAUGAGCGGACUCACACUCGAGAGAAACCGUACUCAUGUACUCAGUGCGGGAAGAGCUUCAGAUAUUCAUCAAAACUUAAUGAACACGUGGUGAUCCACACUGGAGAGAGAACACACACGUGUGAUCAAUGCGGCAAAGCAUUCUUGAGGCGUGCAGACCUGAAGGCUCAUCUUAGAAUUCAUUCAAACGACAGGCCUUAUUCAUGUUUGUUAUGUGGAAAGAGUUUUACAUUUAAGAAAUGUUUAAAAAAACAUGAGCAGAUCCACACUGGUGUGAAAGAGUUUGCGUGCUUUGAGUGUAAGAAGACUUUUAUCAGUGUUGGACACUUGAAAAGACACCAGGUGGUUCACAGUGGAGAGAAACCGCACAAGUGCUCACACUGCGACAAGAGCUUUGCCAGGUUGGAAUGCCGGAAAGCACAUGAGCGGAUUCACACCGGAGAGAAACCGUACACAUGCACUGAAUGUUGGAAGAGUUUUACCCAAUUAUCAAACCUUAAAUCACACAUGCUGAUCCACAAUGGAGAGAAAAAACACAAGUGUGAUCACUGCGGCAAAACAUUCCUGAGGUCUUCAGAGGUGAAGAGCCAUCUUAGAGUUCAUGCAGUGGAGAGGUCUUAGUCAUGUUAGUAAAGAUGUUUACACAUCAACGUCAUUUACCUCCCAGAAAACUCCAUUGUGUUUUCACAAACAUCAGAUUUAAUAGUUUAGCAUAUGUCCAUAUUUUCCUGCACAUGUCUGUUUUUGAGGACUGAAUGCACCUGCAUUGAUUUCUACAUUUCCUGAGAUGUCCAGGAUUCAGCGUUUGCUUUCUACAGUCUUCAUUAGUUGAAUGAUUAUUUUAUACCUUU